AUGGGAAUGGCAACGACGUCCAAACCGCCGCUCUUCCACUCAAAGCUACUCUGCAUCUCUCUCCUCUACCUUUCCGCCGCUCUCUUUCUAGCUCUCCGCACGCUUCUCUCCACCGCCGAUUGCCUUUUCCGGCGGCCGCCGUACGUUCCAAUCCAGACCUCAUUCUCCUACAACUCCUCCUAUGGCGAGAACAAGCACGCAUUGCCCACCCUCCGCCCCUCCUGCGUCUCCCCUGUUUUUUUCUCCGGUUACUGGGAGGUUGUGAGGGAAAUCGAAGGGGUUUGCCGGGAUUCGUCGUCGUCGUUGGGCUCCGGGAACCUUAGGUAUGUUCAGGGCGACGGCGCAGGGAGUUUCGGCGGUAAUUUUACUGCCAAGAAACGGUUUUCGUAUUUCGAUCAUGGCGACGAUCUCAAGGAAAUCCCCUGUGGAUUCUUCAAACCGUUUCCGGUUAGCAACUCGGAUAAGACAGCCAUGGAAGGAUGCAAUGGGGUAGUUGUAGUGUCAGCAAUGUUCAACGACCAUGACAAAAUCCGGCAGCCAAAAGGCCUAGGAUCACAAACCCUGAACACUGUCUGCUUCUUCAUGUUUGUGGACGAUGUCACAAUCAAUGGGCUUCACAAUUACAACCUAAUCUCCACAAAAUCAAAGGUUGGGGUGUGGAGGAUUGUGAGGGUUGACAAGGAGAGGUUGUACGAGAAUGCAGCCAUGAAUGGGGUGAUACCAAAGUACUUAACCCACAGGCUGUUCCCAAACGCCAAAUACAGUAUCUGGGCAGAUGCGAAGAUGCGGUUAGUAGUUGAUCCAUUGCUGUUGGUUCAUUCGCUGGUGGUUAAGGAGGGCGUGGAUAUGGCGAUUUCGAAGCAUCCUUUGUAUGUGCAUACAAUGGAGGAAGCCAUGGCGACGGCUCGGUGGAAGAAGUGGAGGGAUGUUGAGGCGUUGAGGGUGCAAAUGGAGACUUACUGUGAGAAUGGGAUGCAGCCAUGGACGUCCAAGAAGCCUUAUCCUUCAGAUGUCCCAGACAGUGCAGUGAUUAUAAGGAAGCAUAGCAAGGCAACAAAUCUCUUCUCAUGCCUCUUAUUCAAUGAACUUGAAGCAUUCAAUCCAAGAGACCAAUUGCCCUUUGCAUAUGUGAGAGACUCCAUGAACCCAAAGUUGAGGCUGAACAUGUUUGAGGUUGAGGUGUUUGAACAUGUGGCAGUUGAGUACAGGCACAACCUCAAACAUGGUGGGGCCAGUGGGACGCAGGUGGGGCCCGCCAGGGCCAAGAUGGCAAGUUCAGCUGAUGGGUUGUCUAAUAUUGGCAGCAAGUGUGAUGGGUACCUUUUGCAAAUGUGGGGUAAAUCCAAAUGAUUGGUUUUGGAUUUAUUUGAUUAAUUCUUCAAGGGAGCCAGAGGUUUAAAGAAGGGUAUAGAAGAAGUAAAGCAAAUUGUAAAGGGAAAAAGCUGACAGAUCAUACCAGGUUGUCAGUGAAUGUUUAUGGGGAAUUGUGAAGUAAUUAUAUAAUGGGUAUUUUUCAA